AUGCAGUUCUCUAUCCUUGCCGUCCUGGCGUUCUGGGCCCAGAUCCCCGCUAUUUUGGCCGCCACAACUUGCAGGUGCACUGGUUCAAAUACAGUUCAAGACAUAACGAACGAGACUACAAAAUCAUGUUGCGCCAAGACUACCUUCAAUAAAGUUGGCGUUUUGCAAGGAAAGUUUGUGGACAACAAGUGUGACUACAGCGCCGUUGCGGCUUUCAAACAAGUUAGCGUUGGCGCCCCCUCGGGUGGAAAUUGCGUCUAA